AUGUCAGGCCAGUUUAACGGCGUGCAAAAAUACGUUCAAGAGGAGUAUCCUUUUGCUUGCUAUGUGCAUUGCUCAGCACACGUGCUUAAUUUGGCCAUAUCCAAAGCUAGUGUAAUACCGCCAAUAAGACAUACUUUAGCCAUCGUGAAAAAGUUGUACACAUUUUUUAAUACACCGAAGAGUAAACCAGUUAUUUUAAGCUGCUUGGAAGCAGCAGAUAUAGCACCAAGCGUUAAAAGUCUUAAGAGAUUAAGCGUUACUAGGUGGACAUCAAAAUAUAAUGCGGUAUCAGACUUCAUUUCUCUAAUGCCUUUUGUACAUGCUGCGUUGGGUGACAUAGGCGAAUGGAAUGACGGAUCAUCAACUGAUGCAAUUAUAUUCCAACGAAGCUUGGACUUCGAAUUUAUUAUAACCAUUAAUAUAAUAGUCGAUAUGUUCUCCUACAUUCUGCCUUUGUGUAAUAAACUCCAACAAAUACAGAUAGAUUUAGCGCUUGUAGUGGAUUUGGCAAAUUACUUAGUGGCGCAGCUACGACGUAUUCGUUCCCGCGAACAUUACUUUGAAAAAUUGUUCAGAACUUGUAAAAAAUAUGCAAACGACAUGGAUAUUGAAUUCAAAAAGAACCGAUACAAAUCUAGUCAAAAUCUGCAACAACAUUUGUCACAGCGCAUGCAUCGUGAACCAUGCACGCUCACCGCCUAUACGCGCAACGUGUUCACUAGAUAG